AUGGAAAUUGCAUUAAAAAAAUAUAAAAUAUGUAUAACUUUAACUUAUAACAGAUGGACAAAUAUAAAAAAUAAGCAUCUUUUAGGAACUGUUUUAUUAUUAUUUAAGGGAAAGCCUUAUAUUUGGAAAGCUAUUGAUAUUAGUUCUGAGUGUGAAAAUUAUCAAGAAGUUAUAAAUAAAACUGAAUCAAUGCUUUCAGAAUUAGAAUUAAUAGAUAUUAAAUCAGGCCAAGAACCAAAAUGUAUUCUUCAUAAAUUUAAUAAUUUUCAUUUAAAAUAUUCUCAUUUUGAUAAUGAAACUUAUCAACAUUUUGAAAAUAAAAAUAUUUUAUCUUAUUGGUAUUAUGUCAAAGAUUUAACUAAAGAAUUAGAGCUUGUGACACAAAAAGUACUUAAUAUGAGUAAAUUGCAUGCUAAUAUAACUUAUCAAUAUCAUCAUAAGCCAGAUGAUCUCUUUUCUACUUUUUUAAAUUCUAUAUCAAAAUAUGAUAAUACUACAACUCAAAUGAUGCAUGAUAAUACUACAACUCAAAUGAUGCAUAAUAAUACUACAACCCAAAUAAUAUAUAAUAAUACUCUUUUAAUUCAAAUAACAUAUGAUAAUACUGAUUCAUUAAAUGCAGAAAUAUCAGAUAUCAAUAUAGCUAAUAGUAAUAAUGAUAUUGGUUUAUCACAAAAUAAGUAUUUAGAUAAAGAAAAUAAAGAAAUUGAAGAUAAUAAAGAAUGUAAUUUGUCAUAUAUUUCUAAAACAAACUUUGAUAUAAAGAGAAAACAAGUUAAUCAUAAUGCACCUGCUAAUGUUGAUAAAAGUAAUCUGAACAACAAUAGUAAUGGUACUAAAAAAGAAAAACAAGUUGAUCACAAUACACCUAUUGAUGUUAAUGAAAGUGAUUCAAACAAUGCUAAAAAAGAAAACAAUUUGAUCACAAUGCACCUAUCAAUAAAACAUAUUAAUUACAAUGCAUCUAUCGAUGUUAAUGAAAGUAAUUCAAACAACAAUAGUAAAAGAGCUACAAAAGAAACCCAUGCCAAUUACAAUUCAUCUAUUAAUUUUAAUGAAUAUGAUACAAAUUUAUUAGAAAACAAUAUUGAAUUAGCAUUUAAUCUUAAUGAGAUUACUAACAAUAGAGUAAAAGACUGCAAACCUAAAAAAGAAAGAAAUCUUAAAAGUUCAAAUAAACUUGAUAAAGAUCUGCAAAAUAA